AAUAUGGAAAAUGGAGGAUGGAGAUAGCACAGUCGAUAAAUAUUGAACGAACCUCAACUGACUAAAAGUUUAUGAAUUUCAUUUUCCAUGUGCUGUUAUUUUUAAAAUCUAACGUAAUGCCUCCAAAAGAUGGAAAUGAUGAGAAUCAACCCUUCAAAUCGAGCUUAGGAAUGAGAUAUCCUACUCUCAGGGAAUACCCUAUUAAGACUGGAGACGUGUGGAUACAAGGCAAAAAAAUGGACGAUGACUACCGGGACCUUUGGAGAAUUCACGAUGGACUUUAUGAUCUUUCCAGUUUUGUAAAUUCUCAUCCUGGAGGAAGCGACUGGUUAGAGUGGACGCAGGGUACAGAUAUAACAGAAGCAUUUGAAGCCCAUCACAUAUACACGGGUCCUGAAAAGCUUCUCCAAAAGUUUUUCGUCAAAAAAGCCACAACACCUCGAGACGCACCAUUUCAUUUCAAAGAAGACGGAUUUUAUAAGACUGUUAAGAGAGAAGUACGAGAAGCACUGAAAGAUAUUCCAAAAUGGCCAGCCAUAUUGUCAAAUAUCUAUACGGACCUUUUACUAACAGGAUACAUUGUUUGUGCAAUUUUAGCAGCAGCUAAUAACAGCUAUUGGAUUGCUACGUUGGCAGGAGUGUUUUUGGGAACAGUUACCAUUGCGUCACACAAUUACAUUCACCGAAGAGCAAAUUUCAGAAUGUACUACUUGAACUUUUCAAUGAUGUCUUGGAGAGAUUGGAGAAUAACUCACGUAUUAAGUCAUCAUCUUUAUCCCAACACUAUAAAUGAUCUGGAACUUGCAGUUUUAGAGCCCAUGUGUCAAUAUCUCCCUUGGGCCAAAAGUAAAUGGUACUUAAAACUAGCAUGGUGGUAUCAACCGAUAUUUUACGCAAUUUUCUUCAUAGUUGGUCAUGUAAAAGGGAUGGUUCAUAAACUUCUUUGGAAAAUUGGUCUAGUUCCAUACAAGGCGCCACUGUACUGGGACGACUUUUUAGCGUACGUCGUCCUACUUGUAAUGUACUGGUUCAAUAGCUCCUUUCAAAAUGUGUUAUUGAUUUACCUCUACAUGUUCUUAGUCGCAGGGUCACAUUUUGGCAUAACGGCUAUUAACGCUGCUCAUAGGGACCCGGACAUAUUUCUCGAUGGAGAUGCUCCUAGGCCACUUCCAGAAUUGGAUUGGGGAGUUUACCAAUUGGAUACCGUCAUUGAUAGAUCAGACGUUUCAAAAUUCCAACUCCUUGUUCUAACCAGUUUUGGAGAUCACGGGUUGCACCAUUUGUUUCCAACAUUGGACCAUGGUUUACUAAAAUAUCUUUAUCCAAUAUUCAACAGAAAUUGUGAGAAAUUCGGAGCUAAUUUAUUGUUCAGAACCCACUGGGAAGUGAUGAAGGGACAUUUUGCACAGCUACUGAGAACUGAACCAAAACCCACACCACCAAAACCACUCAAAUUGCUACCAACCGAUAAAAAGGAAGAAUAAAAAUUUAAAUUACUACUGGAUCUAACUACGUGCUUAUUUGUCUACUAAUGUAUCUCUAGAAUCGAUACUUAUAAUUUAUGAAUUGUAAUAAUUGUUAUAAAAGAAUAAUAAUAAGCAUAGAAUCUUUCAGUUCA